AUGUCCGCCGCAUUAAAAGGCGCCCCGAUCCACUUCGGUCCCUUCCUCGUAACCUCGCAGGUCUUCCACCAAACCCCGCUCACAAUCGCCCUCGUGAACCUCAAACCCAUCCUCCCAGGGCACGUCCUGAUCUCACCACGCCGCGUCGUCCCCCGCGUCGCAGACCUCACGCCCUCCGAAACAAGCGACCUCUUCCUAACAGUGCGGCGCGUAGGCCGCAUGAUCGAGCGCGUCUACGGCGCGAGUAGUCUCAACAUCGCGGUCCAGGACGGGGUGGAUGCGGGCCAGAGCGUGCCGCAUGUGCACACGCAUGUGAUCCCUAGGAAGAGGGCGGAUUUGGAUCAUAAGGGCGGGACGGACGCCGUGUAUGAUAUGUUGGAUGGAGAGGAGGGGGAUGUGGGUGCUGCUUUGAGGCAGAAUCAGAAUCAGAGACAGGAGGAGGAGGGGAAGAGGGGGAGGAGGUUUCCGGUCGUGGAUAAUGAGGAGAGGAGGCCCAGGAGUAUGGAGGAGAUGGAGGAGGAGGCGAGAAUGCUGGAGAGGGAGAUGGAGAGGGAGGCGUUGGAUUGA